GCGAAUUUAAAUUUUUCUUUCACAUACUCCAAUUCUUAGUUCUCUCUGUAUUUUUCACUGAAAAGUCAAGAACAGUUGCAGAUCAUCGAUCAUUGAAGGGUUUUUUUUUCUUGCGAUUCUUGUUGUAAUUUCUUUAUUCAUAAUAGCAAAUCAAAGACCGGCAUGCCGAUGGUAUCAUGGCUUCUCAGUGUUUGAUUUUACCCAACUUAUGCGAAGUUAAUCUACUUUCUGAGAAAGUUCUUAAAGGGUAACUCUUUGCCUAGUGAAUGCCUUAUUCGAUUGCAGAAAUCUAUGGAGACCGGCCACCCUGGGAGAUUUCUGAUCAUCCCGAAGAGAAAAUUGGUUGCUUUAUUUCUCCUUUGAAGAAGCGGAAGGAAUCACACAAAAGGUUUCGCCGAACUUGCGCCAACUGGACAUGGAAAGGCCAAAACAGCGGCGAUCCUAUCAAGAAUGGUAAGGGCACUGUGGUGGGAUUCAGAAAAAGUUUUGUUUAUCGAACUAGGGGUAGUAAACAAUCAAAGCAAGAUAAGAUUAAUUGGCUGAUGAGAGAAUAUUACGUGGGGGAUGAUUACUUCAGGGAAAAUAAUAUUUCUAAACAAGAUAUUGUUCUCUGCCGAAUCAAGAAGAAUAUUAUAACAAAGAGAAUUAUGAAGAAUGGGGUAACUAUAGAGGAACAAGAAGUUGCUCAAGUAAUAGAAGAUAUGUUGCGUGAACCUGACUACAACAGUACACAGUCAGCAACAAUUGCCAACAACAUCAGAUUAUGAACAUUGAACAUGAACAUGAUGAUUAUUUGAGAGGACUUAACAAAAAUAGCCAUAUUUUGACCGCUUAUGAUACAGAUGAAGCUACAUUGGAGAAUCAUGGAGCCAUCACUAACAGAGUGUACAUGAUGACAGAAGAAGCAAAUACAACAGCCUGCGGGCAAGAAGAAGCAUAUGGUCAAUUAUCCUUCCCUGGAAUUCAGGAGCAAUAUUGUGCUGAAGCUGAUCUUAACGCAGAUAACAGUGACUUCUCAGAUCUUAACGCAGAUAGCAGUGACUACUUGGAAGCACUAAUGAAUGGAAUAGACAACAUUGUUCCACAUGAUUGGUGGCACCAAUUCUACUAGAUAGACAUAAAAAGAGUUAACGUCUGAUGUUUGUUAGAAUUUUUUUGCCCAACUCAAUGUUAUGCAAACAAGAUGCAUCAUACUGCGAUUAUUCUUUUUUCUUUUUGGGUACUGAAAUUAUUUUUUAAAGUCAUUUCUUUUUCUUUCUUUUUUUUAUUUAUAAAAAGCGAGUCCAGAAACUCUAUGGUAUAUCAUUAGUGCAUGUUUUAUAGGAAACGCAAAACUCACUGAAAUGAAUAACACACCUUUGAAUCUUCUUUUUCUCGUAAAUUCCCUAUAAAAGACUGCACUCAUCGAUCAAUUUGAGCUAAUUAAGAAACAUAAUAUACUGGAAGGAAAAGGAUAGAGGAUACCAUAUGCAAUAUAACACUGUCUAAUUAAGAACUCAAAAGGAAAAACAGAGAGAGCCAGAGAUCUGUGUGCAAGAAAAACUUAUUUGCCUUAAAGAUGGCAAGAUGCUGGAUUAGAUCAGUCAGUCAUACAAUAUUCUGGUUUAGAUGUAGGCUCAUCAGCAAAGAAACAUUCAGUAUUUCGCGAUACGUUUUUCAAUUACUCCAUCGUUAGUAAUUCACUGUUAUAAUGCUGACCAUUCAAAAUUUAAAGUAAAAAAUUACUGAAAAUAUGCCCUUGCACAAAAUAAAUAAUGCAGCAAAGGUAGCUGCUGUCACUACACAUCGAUCCAAUAUAUACAUUAACUUUUCAUCAGAU